CAAUGCAGGCCCGCUGGAGGCCCGGGCGCCUCUCCAGAAGGGGGGGCCCCGCAUCUCUUCUCGAAAGCUUGCGUCUCAUUUAAUCUGACCCUGACGACGACUCCAUCAGCUCGCCGAGACGCUACACUUCGUUCUUUGGCCUUCUGCAAACACCGCUGCUGCCAGACCAGAUCCCUUCAGAAUCGCUUCCACGCAUCCAUAACCAACUUUCGUUCACUACAAACACAUCAAGAUGGCCGACUCUCUCACAGAGGAGCAGGUUUCUGAGUUCAAGGAGGCCUUCUCCCUCUUCGAUAAGGACGGUGAUGGACAAAUCACUACUAAGGAGUUGGGCACCGUUAUGCGUUCGCUGGGACAGAACCCUUCCGAGUCAGAGCUCCAGGAUAUGAUCAACGAGGUCGAUGCGGACAACAAUGGCACCAUCGAUUUCCCAGAGUUCCUUACUAUGAUGGCUAGGAAGAUGAAAGAUACAGACUCCGAGGAGGAAAUCCGUGAAGCUUUCAAGGUGUUCGAUCGCGAUAAUAACGGCUUCAUCUCGGCUGCCGAGUUGCGUCACGUCAUGACCUCCAUUGGCGAGAAGCUCACCGACGACGAGGUUGAUGAGAUGAUCAGGGAGGCUGAUCAAGACGGUGAUGGUCGCAUUGACUAUAACGAGUUCGUGCAGCUCAUGAUGCAGAAGUAAACUCCGAAGCAGCGAAUUUGCAUUUAACGUCACGUCUUACGAAUACCUGCGUCUAAUGUUUCGGAUUUUUCUUCUACUUCAUUCUGGAUGGGUCUGCCCCGGUCAGCGUCGGGUAGGGUUUUAUCGCCAGAGGUUUGAUAUCAAACAUCAAUCGCAAGGGAUUCCCCUGUUCUCUAUUGGGCAUCAUGCUUGACGCCAUCUCCACCCUAUGGAUGCUCCCCUUUUCCGGGGGGUUUCAGGGGUCAGUGGGGUACGCCAACACCAAGCAUCAAACAGUGAAGGUGGUGAUUGAUGAUUGAAGGGGUGGGAAUCAUUCAGCAAGCACAAAAGACUUCUGACCUGCCUUCUGGGUCGAGGGGGUUAGUCUGUUUUUGUUGGCUAUUCAAGGUCGGGAGUUGACCACCGCCUCGUUGUUUGUGUCUUGACGACUCUUUGCCUUUUCGACUUCAGCGCGAUGUUCUUUUUGUCCAGCGGGAUAUUCUUAGUGUAGGGUUGAUAAUGAGAAGCCUGUUCUAGAAGGGAAUAGACUUGUGUGUGUACCCAAUUGCCCAAAGUUACACAGGAACAAGACAAGUGACACAAGCAAUGAAGAGAG